AUGAGGGGAGAUGGUAGAGAUAGAGAUGAAUUAGGUGGAGGGAUUAUGAUCAAUAAUUGUCAAGAUUGUGGAAAUCAAGCUAAGAAAGAUUGUUCACAUUCGAGAUGUCGAACUUGUUGUAGAGGUAGAGGUUUACAGUGUCAAACACACGUUAAAAGUACUUGGGUUCCUGCGGCUGCAAGGCGUGAACAACAAUUUACUAGUCAGUCUAAAAGGCCAAGAGAUCACAAUAUGGCUGCACCUCGUUUACCCUCAGAAGUGAGUUGUCCAGCAGUAUUCCGGUGCGUGAAAGUGAUCAGUGCUGUAGAUGAUAAUGCACAAGAACAAUAUGCAUAUCAAACAUCAGUGAGUAUUGGAGGACACAUUUUCAAAGGAAUGCUUUAUGACCAAGGUCCAGCUGGAGGAGAGACUUCUUCUUCUUCUUCUGCACACCUCCACCAACAGGUUUCCAUUAAUGCUAUGUUUGAUCCAUAUCCACCUAAUCUUUCCCCUUUCAUGCCCCAAUUCUUUCCACCCCCAAGACCUUAA